UACAGCCUGCGAGAUUUUUAUGACGGAGUUUGAGAGGUGUCCGAGGAAUAGACGGAAGUAACACGUGAUCUUAAUGUCACGUGCAGUCACGCGUCCAGUUGAUUUUCGAACGCGACCAAGUGGCUAACGAGAUUCGACUUUGACUUCAACUAUCAGGCUGACAACUUCAAGUACUGCACAAGUCCUUUCAUCAAAAUGUCUACCACAUCUACGCCUACAGAUUCCCCUGUCUCUGCUCCCAUUCAGCCAAUGCACAAUCCUUCGCAAGCCGCACACAUCGUCGUCCCACAAGCACCUCUUGGGCAUGUCGCAAACGGUGCCAAUAACACUAUACCUGGAAUGGGCAUGAAAGCCCUCUUGGCCAAAAAGAUGGCGAAGAGCAACAAUCCAAAGUUUGUCUCACCGACGGACAACCUGAUGACACCCGUUACACAGAAGUUGAAUGCUGCAAAGCAGAAACAUUUCACCAAGGGCGCGAAACCUAUGGGUACUCUCUUCCCACCUAAGGAGUCACAUUCAUCAGAGCAAGAAGAUAGCGACACAGAACUUACAAAAGACACGUCUUCAGAAGUACUGAUGGAAGACGAGAAUCCCUUCUAAGACAGAACGCAGUUGGCCCAGUCGGGCAUCCAUCAUGUCCUCACGUUGUUUGUUGUAUUACCCUUUUGUUUGUGUCGCUAAAUCUUGCUUGCAUGUGUAGAGUCUAGUGGUGUUGUAAGGAGGUUGUAGGAUGUUCCCACGCUUUGCUGUAGUGUUACGCGUCGCGGCUCUAGUAUGUAUGCCUUAUUAUACGGAU